AUGUUGAUUCAUACUUCAGCUGAUGAAUUUAUUAGUGAAAGCUCCCGAUCAAGCUUAAUCCUGAGCUCAUUUUCAAUGAAUCAUUUAUCAACAUCAUCUAAAAACCUAUAUAUCCAAUGACGACUAGCGGAGCUGAUUGCUGCGAUUUUUGCUGUGAUUGGAAUAAUAACUUCAACAGUUGAUUAUGAAAAAAGCUACUCAGACGAUCGAACACAUUCAAACUGCAAGGAAAACGAAGAAGAAGCCUUCAACUGAAUCACUUUUGCAUUUACAGUGAUUUCAUUAAUUUUUCUUUACAUUAGGCAUCAAUCCAAGCAACAAUGAUACAGGUUUCGCAGAAACCCUUUUCUAGUAAACACACUAAAAUAUGAUGAAUUCAAUCGCAUCAUCAGAAAAAAACGAAGACGACUCUCCAUGAGCUUUUUUAUGGAAUUCAUUAUUUUAUCAAUUUUCCCUUACCCUUAUAUACAUUGACCAGUUUACAUAAACCAAAACUACAGACUUGCUAAGGCAGAUGGAGAAAAUAACACAGUUGAAGUUUGCUAUAUAUUUACUGAAUUUUUAUAUGUAUUCAUGUAUGUGAGAGUCUUAUUUAUAUUCCGGGCUAUAUUUAAUUUAAGUUCUUAUCAAGAUGACCACGCAAGAUACUAUUGCGCUAAAUAUGAAGCUAAAUCAAAUGUAAGAUUUUCAAUAAGAUGCCUGAUGAAGACACAUCCUUUUUUUGUAGUUGCUGUUUUCAUUGUUCCAGGGUUCCUGUUGUUUGGGAUAUUUUUAAGGGUCUUUGAAAGGCCUUAUACAGAUAUUUCUGGAUUCGAUUUCGAGUCGUAUUCGAAUGCUGUGUGGUGCUGUGCAGAAGCAAUAGCAACAAUUGGAUUUGGAGAUCUAUAUCCGGGGACUCAUUUUGGAAGAAUGGUUACAAUUAUUUCUGCUUUAUGAGGAGCUUUCGCCUUUUCUAUGGUAGUGUUUAUACUGGAAACGUCAUUACAGCUAGACACCAGCCAAAAUAAAGCAUUUUAUGCUAUAAAAAGUACGAGGACCGCAGGCAUUGUAGCGAUUGACGCAUUCAGGCUUAAUCUCAUAAAGAAGAAAUAUGGGGUGAGAAGCAUGGGAUUUAAGCAGCAACUGCAAGAGCUGGAAAAAUCAUUAAAAGCAUUUCAUAAUACCAAUAAAAUGCUAAAUACCAUACAAAGUAAAGAAGAAGCUGGGCUUCUGCAGACAAAAUCCAAAUUCAAAAAAAUAAAAACAAGACUUUCUAGGAUAGAAUCAAAGCUUGACAAACUACUGGGAACAAUUAAUUAA